UGGCCACGCUUCUCGGCCAUCUCGACCGACUUUGCCUGUAGAGCAAGUCUAGUUUAUGAUGGGUUCCCUCUGUUCAUCGUCUCCGCGUUUCAGGUUUAUUCUGAUCCCACUGGUCAAUCGUCCAUGAGAGGACCCGUCCUUGCCAAGGUCCCGGGCUGUACAUACCGCUCGCUUGUUCAGUACACGCCCACCUGGUCCCGGUCCCAUCCAUCAUGGACUGCCAGCCAGUCCAUCCAUCUCUUGAUACCUCGCGAGGAUAAGUAUGCUCGACUUUCCCGCAACUUGGGAAUAUCGUCUCGUCUCCUUCUCAUCAUCACCAACCAACCAAGCUCCGCAGGCUCUUUUCUCCUCUCAUCUCUUUUCCUUCCUCUAUUUCCAUUUCUCUCCUAUCUGUCUCAACUUAGACCGCCCAUCUGCUUCCCAGCAUCAACGAAGCAGGACUUCGAUACCCCCCAAUCAUCUACAUAGACGCAUAUUCAUCCCAAAGACCAGAAACAACCCCGUAUAUCACCCUCUUUUUGUGUUCAAGACGCAAGCAUAGACAGCCUCCAAAAUGUCCACUCUGGUAGCGGAUUUUCCGUUUGAAUUUACCUUCCCGACAUGCGAGCCAUCAACGCCCCCAAGCUUCUCAUAUGAUCCAUCCCUUCUUGAGAUUCCCUACAGCACAGGCGGGCAUGCUCGGUCCAACUCGCAAGCCUCCAUCUACUCUUUUGACUCGUCUCCCUCGGACUCCUUCACAACAGACAAUGCCUGCAGCACUCGCAUGACCACCCCCGCGCGGUCACCAAUCCGCACCCAUGGACCCCUGCUCCUUCCUAAGAUCAGGUCCCAGGACUCGGCCAUCGGCUCCACCACUGCCGUUUCACCCCCGAAGCCGAAGCGUAUGAGGACAUCUCCUUCCCCCGCCGGCAUCCGCAAGAACUCAAAGGCUCGUCCCACGCACUCCAGGAGCUUCACCAACCCCGAGGCAAUCUCUUUCAACUCCGCCUCCAUGUUUGUCCAGUCCCAGGCCAUGAACAUGGCUACGCCACCAAUGACGACCAUGGCCGAGAAUAUGUCUUCUUCCCAGCUCCUCUGCUCCCCUGUGUCCUUCAUCCAGUCCCGCGAGCUUACCGCAGAGCCCAUGCCAGCCAGGCGGGCUUCGUCCUGUGGCUUUGACGACAGUGUCUCUGCCGAGACCUUCAGCUUCCCUGACUACCGCCAGAUAUCACCAUUCAUGGCAGCAGCCACCACAACAGCCGGUUCCAUGUCGUCGAUGCAGACCCAGACCCUUAUGCCGCAGUCUGACAUGUUCUACCACCCCCAACAGACCUUCGCGCCCCGCGAAUCGUCCCCUCUCGCCUCAGCCGCAAUCAUUACGCCCGAGGCUGCUUCCCCAGCCCCUGUUGCAGUUGGACCGACAAGCACCUUGAUGUCAUAUCUGACUACUGCCAACCCUGCCCCGGCUCUGGUCCGCACCAUCUCUUUCCCACUGAGAGAUCCUCAUACCAAACACUUCUGGUGGGACGUCAGGCAGGUUCGCCCCUGGACUGCCUUCAAUGCCUCCAACAUCAUGUCUCUCCCAGGCGCCUCGACCCUCCUCUCCACUCCUGUGCCAGCGUCCCUCCUCCCUUCGCUGCCCGUCACGCAACGCCACCCCGAGACCGAGGCCGCUCUGCACUCCAUAUACUCCAACUACUACCUGCCCAAGCUCAACACUGCUCUUGCGCUCUCCAGUACUCGUCCUCUGCAGCUGUCACACCCGUCCAAGAGUAACAUUGCGGCAGCAACCACUCCCUCGUCAUCAGCUUCAGACUUCAUGUUCGUUGCCAACGUUCGCGGCGAGGCAUCCUCGGCCGCCGCCAUCUUUGGCGGCAAGCCCACGGCCCGCGUGGUUGGCCUUGUCAAGAGCUAUGACCGCUUCAACACCGGCAUGAGAGUCGAGGGUAACAUCAAGCGUGUCGAGUACCUCCGAGGCUUGGCGCACCUCCACCACGUUAUGCGCGAGCACGGUUGCCGCUACGGCUUCAUCCUGACCGAGAUCGAGCUCGUCUUUGUCCGCAACGGUGCCGAGGGCACCCCGCACUUUGGCUAUCUAGAGGUCGGCAGCACGCAGCUGGCCAACCAGGGUGAGGCCAGUGGAAACGACGAAGAGGCCCCCCUGACGGCUUGCCUGGCGCUCUGGGGCCUUUGCAUGCUCGCCGGCGACGAGCCGCUGCCCGGCCAUGCACACUGGCGAAGCGAGAUCGGCGCGCCAGCCGAGGGCACGCGGCGCAAGGCACUCCCCCGUGACGACUGGAUGCCACAGCCGCAGCUGGCUGAGAAGCGUGAAGCCAAGCGGGCUCGCGGCUGGGUCAUGCCGGAGGAUGCCAUCGGACGGAAGGAGCUCGGCAAGCGGGGCGUGCGGUACAACAGCUGCUGAAAAGGAGCUCAACAUCAUCGAGGACAAUGCAUCCAUGGCUGGUUCCAUGGCUGCUUUCGGUUGUUUGGAUUAAGUAAUGCAUGUAUGUCAUGAGUGUACGUGGCCAUGACUUUUCUUAUUUGAUGGGUAACAAGGACAUGAUGGGUUGGGCGGCUCGGAGUGCUUGCAAAUUUUGUGUUAAUGGAAUGAGAAAAAGAUGGGAGGAGUUAAGGCGCACUGCUGGGCAUUGGUUGCCUUCAAAGACCUGAAAUAUUAGCUAUUUCUUUUUUCUUUUUUUCUUUUUACUUCAUUAAUAUCAUACGUUCAUAAAAUCAUCAAGGCCUAAUAGGUGUUGCGAA